AUGUAAAGAUCUCCAGGAACACUUUUCAUUAAGUGCAAAGAUGCAAGAUUAACUCAUGACACAGAAACCUUUGGUAAAAUGGAUCCAUUUGUAAAGAUCACAAUCCAUCAAUAAGAAAUGUAAACUAAGACACAUAGAAAUGCUGGAAAGAAUCCUAGAUGGGAGGAAACUCUAAAAUUUAAGCUUCAGGGUUUUGAGGAAGAAUUGAAGCUCGCAGUUUAUGAUGAGGACAUGACGAAAAAUGAUCUUGUAGGAGAUACAAUCUUUUUCUUAGAUGAAGUUAAAUCAAAGGGGAAAUUUACUGAAGCUGUAAAAAUUGCUUAUAAAGGCAAAGAAGCAGGCGUAGUAAAUAUUGAAUUUGAGUUCUUUAACGAAGCAAUUUAGAGUAAUCACUCUUUUUUACAUUAAGCACCAGUCCAUAAUCAGGGUUAAGUAAAUUAUUUACCUCCAGGAAUGAUUGCCCAACCACUCUAUAAUCAAAUGCAAGUAGGGUUUUAGUAAAAUAUGCUAUAGCCAAUGGGAUUCUAGAAUUUCGCUGCCCCAGGAUAGUUUCCUCCUCCAUAAGGACAGUUCCCACCUCCUAUGGGAAUGAUUCCUCCCGGACAAAUACCACCUCAAGGAAUGAUUCCUCCAUUGGUUUAACCAAUAGGGCAAUAGGUUCCAUACUCAGGAUAAUAGAAUAUUCCAGGAGUUGGUUAAAUGGGGCCUGCAUAUCAAGGCUAGCAACAAGUGCCAGUCUACAAUUAAAUGUAGUAGAAUUUUCCUUAAUACAUGCAAAACAACUACAACUACUAGCCGGGUGCUCUUCCAAAUUAAUACCCUUAAUAGUAGCAAUAAAUGCAACAAAUGCAAUAGUAACCUCCCUUUGUUUAAUAAAAUUUGCAACCUCCUCCAGUGGUUUAAUAAUAGCACUAACAACAAUAACCUUUACCAUUAAAUCAACAAUAAAAUUUAGGCGCCAUUCCCAAUCAAUAGACUUAGGUAAAGUUCGAUUAUGCAUUUUACGAGCCAAAUAAUUGA